CCUUGAUUAGGAUGGAUUAACUGCUAAAAAAACUCCAUUUACACGCGGAUACCUCAGGGCUAAAGUAUGCCGUGACUCUAACCUUGAUGAGGCUCGCAAUCACGACCUUUGCCCAGCCUUCUUUUCUUCACCACAAGUUGGGGCUCUGAAACUUUGCCAUGGGGAAGGGAUAUAACGCUCGUAUUGCUUCGAAUCCUUAUAUUGUGGGCUCUUUCGCAUGCAUAGGCGGUGGACUUUUCGGCUUGGACAUCUCGUCCAUGUCUGGGGUCCUGAGUAAUGAUUCGUACAAGAAUACAUUCUCUCAUCCUGGAUCCGGUGCUCAAGGUGCAAUCGUCGCUUCGAUGCCAGCCGGUUCUUUCUUGGGUGCACUGCUAGUUACACAACUUGCGGACCGUCUUGGACGCAAGAGAACCGUCAUUCUCUCUGGUUUGGUCUGGGUAAUUGGGUCUAUUUUACAGUGUGCAGCUGUCAACCGAGGAAUGCUUGUAGUGGGGCGUAUUAUUUCUGGUAUCUCUGUGGGUAUUGCCAGUGCUGUGGUCCCCAUCUAUCAGUCGGAGAUUACGGAACCCCGCAUUCGUGGGCGUCUUGUCUCCCUUCAGCAAUGGUCCAUCACUUGGGGUAUCCUUAUCCAAUACUUCAUUCAGUUCGGCUGCUCCUAUAUCAAUGGCGUCGCGUCGUUUCGUAUUCCAUGGGGUCUUCAGAUGAUUCCGGCCAUAGUCUUAAGCGUGGGUAUGAUUGUUUUCCCCGAAAGUCCUCGGUGGUUAUUCGAUCAUGGCAGAGAAAAGGAAGCUUUGCAAGUUCUCGCUGAUUUGCAUGGAGGAGGUGAUCCCAACAGCGAGCUCGUUAUGCUAGAAUAUGAAGAAAUUAAGCAUCAAGUCCUUUUUGAGAGAACCGAGGGUGCCAAGUCGUACCUCGAUCUUCUUAAGCCUGGUAUGCCCCGUCGCGUCGGCCUUGGUAUGGCUCUUCAGAUGUGGUCUCAACUUACUGGCAUGAACGUCAUGAUGUACUAUAUCGUCUAUGUCUUCCAAGGUGCUGGUAUAACUGGUCGUCGCGGAAAUCUCAUCUCAGCGGCUGUCCAAUACGUUCUCAAUGUGGCCCUCACUGUCCCGGCCAUCAUUUACAUUGACAAGUGGGGUCGCCGCCCAAUGCUUCUCCUCGGAACGUUGUUCAUGGGCUUCUUCCUCUUCCUUGUCGGUGGUCUGCAGGGACGUUAUGGUCACUGGGGUACAGUGGAUACUGACCGUGUCUGGGUCAUUGAAGGCCAUAGCUCGGUCACCAAUGGAGUAAUUGUAUGCUCCUACUUCUUCGUGUGCAGCUUUGCUAUCACAAUGGGUCCUGUUUCAUGGACUUACCCUGCCGAACUGUUCCCGCUCAAAGUGCGCGCCAAGGCCGUUUCUCUCGCCACAGCGACUAACUGGGCAUUCAACUUCGCUCUUGCCUGGGCUGUCCCUCCGGGUCUGAGCAACAUCGCGUGGAAGACAUACUUCAUCUUCGGAACGUUCAACUUCGCCGCCGUUCAUACAUAUCUUCUUUAUGUACCCGGAGACUGUUGGUCGCUCGCUGGAAGAGGUCGAGGAGAUCUUCAAACAAGGACACAUAUUUACUGCCUGGAAGAUCAAGAAAGAUGUCGGGAAAACAACACUGGCAGAGGUAGUGGAAAGGACGAAAGAAAUCGAGGCAAGUCCGUUCCAUCAUUUGGUAAAAGGAUUACUCAAGUGUUAUUGUAGCCAACGGAAAAACAUUCCGUGGACGACAAAGCCUCUGCCUAAAUGUCAUUUUAUGAGUUAUUUUGUGGAUCUUACGAAUAUAUGUACUUUGACGACUUGAUCUGAUUUUCUG